GAAAGGGGAAAAAAUGUUGGCUCGCUUAUGAUGGGCUUAAAUUUGUUCUUAUUGGGACAUAUUUGGUUGAUACGCACGUUGUUCUUUGACUCGGUUGCUAAGAUCUCUUCUUUAGGCGCCAGACACUUUCUUUUAAGACAAUGCUUGGCUCUACUGGAGUACUGUCAAGGAAACCAAGUAUAAACAAAGCAAUUCCUUGCUCUCAAAAAUUCAAGCAAUUGAGAAAGGUAUCAUUCCGUUGACUUCUGGAGACGGGUGAACAUGCCGAUGUCUUUGCUAAAGGACGGUAUUGACAAUGUCGUAGUGACAUUCGACAAUGAAUCUGCCACCUAUCGUGCUGGGACCGAAAUGACCGGGGUCAUAGCAGUUUUCUGUGAGGACACUACCCCCGUUCGCGGAAUUCGUCUCAAGAUCAAUGGAAGAUUGAACAUAUUUUGGCGAAAAAUUGAUGGUGGGAGCACGAUUGAAUACACCGAAAUUGAGGACUAUCUUGAUAGAGAUCUGACAGUUUGGGCUCCCAAUCCCAAGAAGAGAGAUGAGAUGUGGAUGUUCCCGGGUCAUCACGUCUAUCCUUUUAAGUUUUGCUUACCAAUAGAUCUCCCAGAUACCCUGGAAGACUCUCGUUAUGGAAAGAUUCAAUAUGAUGUGAAAGCUGGUGUCUAUUUAACUCAAGGGCGUGUGACUUAUUCCCUUGAAGAGCCUUUCCACAUAAUCUCAACUCAAGAUCCAGCCUUCACACAACCCACAGAAGAGGAGAUGCCAAAGGAAAAUUAUGCAUAUGCCACUAUUGGGGGAACUUGUUUCUUGAAGAAAACUCAUGUGGAAUUGUACAUGAAAUUGGAUCAAAAUAUCUUCAAGCUUGGUGAUACCAUUCCAGUUCACGUAGAGUGCCGUUUAGAGGGAGGAAAUGCUGAUGUUGAUAAGGUUACUGUAUUACUGGUGCAAGAGGCCAUUUAUACCGUGGGGCAUGGGACAAAAGACGUAUCGAAAAAAAAGGAACGGUUGGUCGUUGCAGAGGCAGUCGAUGAGGAGGACACAGAUGUGGGAAAGAUACAAAACUACGAUCUUAAUUUGAAUAUAAACGACAGAAUGCCCCUAACCGACUUUCCUUGGUGUGACUUCAUCGAUAUCGGGUAUUCUGUUCACGCAGUUGCAAGAACACAUUCAUUUUACGACGACAUCGUGGUGAAGCUACCUAUUAUCAUUGGACCCAAAACGAAUGACAGCGAUGUGAUUUCCAAUGAAGAAAUCCUGGAGGCUCCCAUCAAUGAUCUUCUAACCGAAGAAAUUCAAGAAGAAAGUGACAACGAACGUAUUGAAGACAACCCUGGAAAAGAUUUGGAUGAUGAGAGUCUUCAUAACGAAGCGCAAGCCAUCUUGAACGAUUUGGAAGAAUGACCUAAAUUGAACAACUUUUGUGAUUGAGAACGUAGGAACGAUGACAAGUUUGGAAAGCAUGUAAUAUUUUACCAACAAAUAUAAAACAUUUUUAUCACAA